AUGAAUAAAACCAUAGAUUUCUCUCUCCCUCCAGGUUUCAGGUUUCAUCCCACUGAUGAGGAGCUUAUGUUUUAUUUGAAGAACAAGGUUUCUUCUUCAACUAGUCAACUAGCUUCCUUAAUAGCUGAAACUGAUCUCUACAAACUGAAUCCAUGGGAACUUCCUGACAAGGCUUACUUCGGCGAAAGUGAAUGGUUUUUCUUCAGUCCCCGUGAUAGGAAGUAUCCAAAUGGCGUGCGUCCCAACAGAACAGCUACGUCUGGCUAUUGGAAAGCUGCAGGAAAGGACAAGCCAAUCCUUUCUUCCCGUGCGUCGCAGUGUGUUGGUGUGAAGAAAGCUCUCGUGUUUUAUAAAGGUCGCCCCCCGAAAGGCACAAAAACUAAAUGGAUGAUGGACGAGUACAGACUUGUCAACACUAGCCAUCAAUCAUACCUAAGUAAUUCAUUGCAGUUGGAUGACUGGGUUUUAUGCCAUGUUCGCCAUAAGACCUAUGUCACAGAAUCUGGAGAGCGUGAUGGCAGCAGCAGCAGCUUUGAAAGUCCACUGCCUUGUGAUCUUGAGGAGCAUGGAGAAGAAGAAGAAAAUUCAAACAAUAACACUCAAAUUAUGGAUCAUCUUAAAGAUUAUGAAAUCAUAUUCCAAGAAAGUGAAGCAGCAGUAAAUGGAAAUGGACACCAAGACUUGGAGACUUAUAAACAACCCUCCAUGUCAAAUGGGAAUUAUGACUCUAAAGAAAACAUGAAUUCCUGUGUAAAAGAUGCUUUGGAAACAAUCAAAAGAGUGCUUUCUCUGGGAGCUUUAGAUGAACAAGAACAGUCGGAACACCCAAACAAGAGAUUUUGUUUUCUCACUACAUCCAGUUACAAGGAAAAUUCCGUCAGGGACGACCAGAUGUGCUAAUUAAAGAAAAUU